UCUGCUGCACCAUCACCAUCAUCACCAUCACCACCACCAUCAUCACAUUGGACCGUGGACGUGUCCGACGUCUUCCUUCCUGGCGGUUGCCACCACUGCCACUCCAAUUCCACGACUUCCUACUCCGGAAACGUGAUCUGUGAUAGCACUUCCAACAGCAUGAGCAACAAUGCCAAUGUCCUGAAUCGUACUAGGCAACAGCAUCAGCAGCAGCUGCGACAGCAGCAACAAUUGCUCGCCAGUGCCGCUACCCAAGGUCCAGUCAGUCCCAUUUGAUGGUUACGGCUAGUUCAGUGUGUGAAAUGAGUGAUAAGUUGAGUGAUUUGAAGCUGAACCAAAGUUCCAACAUCAGUGCUACAGAAGCUCACAGCAGCGACGAACACCCAUUCAGUGCAGGGGAAUGUCCUCGCUGUGCGAUGGCAUCGAUGCGACAGGGCUCGACUGGGGAAUGUGAGGAGAAGAUAUUGAACACAACCCAAGGAAGCAGCACGAAAGAAUCAACAAAAAUCGUAUCAUCAGCAGCAGCAGCAGCAGCAGCGCCAUCCCCAGCAGCUACAAAUGCGGCGUCGGCGACAGGAGCAACGACGGUGACGGCAACGACAUCGUUGUCCUCCUCAACCUGCUGUCGGCAGCCGUUGCUGACGACGACAACGACGACGACAAGGACGAUAGCACCACCAGCGCCAGCAGCGACGUCAACGUCGACGGCGGCGACGCUGCUCAGUUCGCUCACAUCAUCCGGCAAGAAGUCACGCGUGUGCAAGUGCUGUCGCAGCUCCAACUGUGCCAAUCAGGCGAAUAACAAUAACAACAACAACAGUGGUAAAGGAAGUUCUGGCACAAAUUCAUCAACAACAACAACCGGAACCAAAUCCAAGAAGGGCAACUGGGGUCUCAAGUUCAACUGUGCCAAACUGCGCGGUUCCAAGUCCAGCCAGGCUGCGGCUGCGGCGGCCACACCUUCGUCAUCGACGACAGCAUCGACAGCAGCAGCAGCAGCUUCGUCAGUGACGAGCCCCUCGUGUGCGAGUACUGUCUCGUUGGCGGCGACCAGUCCGUCAUCGUCGAUUAUUGGUUCCUCCAGUAGACUUCUCAAGAGUGAAUCAGAAAAGACGGAUUCAUGCAUUUGCACCCUGUACCGCAAGGUGGAGGACCUACCGUCGACGGUAUCUUCCAACAAUGGUUACCCGCUUUCCACGAACCCGUUGAUGAUCCCUCACCAGCAGAUACGCUACCAGCACCACCACCUGGACGGAUCAACUUCGAACGGCCCUGGAGGAACCAUCAGAGGAGGAGUAACCGCUGGUAAUCAGCAGAACCAUGGAUUCAUCUUUCCGUCGGUGGCCACAACGGCAGCCGGAGCAGCAGCUAGUCAUCACGAUCUACACACUCACCAUCAUCCGGGAACGGCCACCACCACGACCAUCAUCCAUCGGAUAGAUGGAUCGGCAGCGCAGGCACUGUGGGGAACUGCCACCGGUCACCCGGCUGGUAAUUCCGUAAUUGUGCUUUCUACGCCCGGAAUGUUCGACAUUUCCAGGUUCAACAGUAGCGAUGAUUUUUCACUUGAAGAUUGCGAUGAACGAGCUAGGCUUCAGCGCGAGCUGGAAAUUCGCGAAGGCGUUGACGCUCCACCCAAUUUCACUCCGCGAGGUUUGAUGUCCGGAGGAACGUUGACCGGCGGAACAGCAUUGGGGGCAGUUGGAAAUGCCUCGGGUGGUGUAAAUACGACUGCCGCUGGCAACCAUCAGAUUGCUUUCAUGUGCACACCGGACUCGUCGUCUGCGCUCAGUUUGCUCCAGCGAGGAUUACUGCUACCGAAUAAUCUGCUCCAUGCUGAGGAAAUGCCUCGGCUGCUCCAUGCCGAGGAAAUGCCUCGGGUGCACUCACAGGUCGAUUUCAUCCACUGCCUGGUGCCGGAUCUGCAGAAAAUUACCAGCUGCUGUUUCUACUGGGGCAAAAUGGACCGGUACGAGGCGGAGAAGCUGCUGGAAGGCAAACCGGAGGGUACGUUCCUGCUACGCGACUCGGCCCAGGAGGAGUUCCUGUUUUCCGUUUCAUUCCGAAAGUACAACCGUUCGUUGCAUGCUCGCAUCGAGCAGUUUAACCAUAAGUUCAGUUUCGACUCUCGGGAUCCCGGCGUCUACACGGCAUCGACGGUGACCGGUUUGCUGGAGCAUUACAAGGACCCGUCCUGUGUGAUGUUCUUCGAGCCGAUGCUAACCUACCCGCUGAACAGGAAGUUCGUCUUCUCACUGCAGCAGCUGUGCCGGGCGACGAUCGUCAGCAAUACAACGUACGACGGAAUCAACGAACUGUGUCUGCCAAAAUCACUCAAAUCCUACCUGAAAGAGUACCAUUACCGACAGCGGGUACGUUUCAGGCCGCUCGAUGAACACCUCUAUCAUGACCUAUAGUAUACAAGAUCGCAGAACAGCGGUGCGCGAAUGCGUCGACACCAAUCACGACGUUCGAUGCGAUUUCGACGGCCGAGGUUUCUUACUGGCGACAUAUUCAGCAGCGUGCGAAGCAGCAGCAGCAGCAUCAACAGCAGCAACGUCAGCAACAGCAGCGACGAAGUGGAUUACAAUUGGCCAGAUCCACCGGUAUCCGCUGCUGGGCACCGGUAUUCUCCGAGUAGGAGGUCAAUAGAUCGUAUUGUCUAUCGUAUUCCAGAGAUGAGACAUGAUGAUCAUCCUUCUGAAUUGGCACAAGCUUUCUUCGUAAUGUUGGAACGGGAACCUCAUAGGCGACCGCUGCCGCAGACGAACCAAAGGACGAGGAAGCGACUAUUUUGUUGCUUCGGAGGGUCCCCGUAAAGAUGAUCUAAUGUCUUGUGCCGUACUACUGUCCUGUAUCAUAGUUGUGGUAGAAUCUUCAAAGAUUGUAAAUAGCAUUCUAUUAUUUCCAAUAAUAAUUUAUACCAAUCGUUGUUAUUUAAGUUAUUUUCCCAAGAAUCAUAGAUCAUUUUCGCUGUAAAAAGUAAGUUCAAUUUUCUUCCAUCAAAGUGGAACAAAAUCCGCUUUGCAAUGCACACAUAUAGCAGAUAAGGCAAAGCAAACUAUUUCCUUCCUAGAUUUUAGCGACUGACGUUAGUAGAGAGAAAAGCAAAAAGGAAAGUUGUUGUAGUCACAAAAUAGAACGAUCGGAAAAGGUAAAGUAAAGGUUUAGUAACGGAGAAUAGAGAAGGAUCAUAGCAAAAAGGCAUAUAGAGCAAAGACUAGCAAAUUAUAAGCAAAAUGUAGGAUCACCUUAUGUUGUUUUUGUUGAUUACUUUUAGUUCGAAUAUUAAUUAGACAUUAUUUUUGCUGUGAACAAUAUACCUAUGAUAAUACUAAAAAAUAAACCAGUUGGAUUCAUUCGAAGCAAAGGAAAACGGAAACUUACCUUACUGUUAACCAUGAACGGACUCACACACUCUCUCCACUCAAUCUCAAUCUCCAGUUGCCACCAGAUGGAAACAUAUAACGAAACCAGCUCCCCGGAAGUUCAACAAUGAAACAAUCCCAGUAUUCGAAGCUUUCUUCGCUAAAUAUUACAAACAAACAAAUGAAAAGCGUACAACUGUUAGAAUUACAAUAGUGCUAAAACAAACGAUAACAACAAACCCAUAUCUAAAACGGUAACAUACACAAAAUCACAGUAAUACAAAUGGAAGCGUUCCCAGUGGUGGUCUCUUGUUGCAAUGGAAAUCUGAAAUCAAAGAAACUCACUCACUUAAGUCUAGAAGGUAAAUGAUUAGAAAUCCAUAAAUAACCAGUAGAUCAGUGCAGAACACAACAGAUACACAUACAUUCAAUUGUGCUAGUGUGAGUGUCGAAUCCAAACUUGAUUGCAUUUUACGUUAAUAACAACAGAAAAAAAAAAAACAAAUCAAAACAUGAACACACGCCACGAAUGGAAGGAUGAAUGAACAAGGUAUGAUGAAACACAAGCAGAAGUGAGACUCGGCAUAGAAGAAUAAGAGGAAGUUAUAAACAAACGGUAAUCAAAUACUAAAGCAAGCAAAUCACAGUUGAGAAAGAAAUACGUUCUGGUAGCUUUAAUUAACUAAAAUUAUACAAACGUAGAAGAAGAGAAGCAUAAUAUAAAGAAAACACUACCCCCUAAAAGUGGUAGGAUCGUUUAGAGAACAAGAAAACAGCAAGUGUAUAAAUGAAAUAAUAAUAAAAAUGUGUAAUAUAAUAUCAA